UCAAUCAUCAUGUUUAUAUACCGCUUUUCUUCUUCACCCCCUCCUCUGCAAUAACCACCUUAACAACAGCCUCUCUCUCUCUCUCUCUCUCCGAUGGCUCUUUCUUGUAUUUUCUUCCUUUUUGUGUCACUUGUGUCUCUCUCCAUGCCCUCACAAGCCAGCAUAACUAACCAGUCUCACUUCUUCACUCUAAUGAAGAACUCUCUCUCUGGGGACUCCUUGUCUGAUUGGGAUGUAACAGGAAAAACGUCUUACUGUAACUAUAGUGGAGUGAGAUGCAACGAUGAAGGGUAUGUUGAAGUGAUUGACAUCUCUGGGUGGUCACUUUCUGGCCGUUUUCCACCAGACGUAUGCUCUUACCUGCCCCAGCUGCGGGUUCUUCGUCUCAGCUACAACGACCUUCAUGACAAUUUUCCAGAGGGCAUUGUCAACUGCUCUCUCCUGGAAGAGCUUGAUAUGAAUGGUUCACAAGUCAUUGGGACGCUGCCGGACCUGUCGCCAAUGAAAUCUCUCCGGAUUCUGGACCUGUCAUACAACCUCUUCACAGGCGAGUUCCCUUUGUCCAUAACCAACCUCACCAAUCUUGAACACAUACGCUUCAACGAAAAUGAGGGUUUCAACUUAUGGUCACUGCCAGAGGAUAUUUCCAGGUUGACAAAGCUCAAGAGUAUGAUCUUGACAACAUGCAUGGUACACGGCCAGAUACCACCGUCCAUAGGGAACAUGACAUCCCUGGUUGAUCUUCAGCUGAGUGGGAACUUCCUCAACGGUCAGAUUCCAGCAGAGCUUGGAUUGCUGAAGAACUUGCGACUGCUUGAGCUUUAUUACAACCAGAUUGCUGGUAGAAUACCCGAGGAGUUGGGGAAUCUGACGGAGCUCAACGAUUUAGAUAUGUCAGUGAACCGGUUGACUGGAAAAAUUCCGGAAUCCAUAUGUAAAUUGCCCAAGCUCCGGGUCCUGCAGUUUUACAAUAACAGCCUUACAGGAGAAAUUCCGGAGGCAAUUGGGAACUCAACAGCCUUGGCCAUGUUAUCAAUUUACGACAACUUCCUGACAGGAGGAGUUCCAAGAAGUCUGGGACAAUGGUCGCCUAUGAUUCUUUUAGACUUGUCAGAAAACCAUCUAUCUGGUGAAUUGCCGACAGAGGUCUGCAAGGGAGGUAACCUGCUCUAUUUUCUUGUCCUGGAUAAUAUGUUUUCUGGAAAGUUACCUGAGAACUAUGCAAAAUGCGAGUCUCUUUUACGGUUUAGAGUGAGCAAUAACCGUUUGGAGGGUCCAAUCCCCGAGGGGCUUCUUGGUCUUCCCCGCGUUUCAAUCCUUGAUUUAGGUUUCAACAAUUUGAAUGGUCAAAUUGGCAAAACAAUUGGAACUGCUAGAAACUUGUCAGAAUUGUUCAUUCAGAGCAACAGGAUUUCUGGUGCUCUACCCCGUGAAAUAUCUCAAGCUACCAAUUUGGUGAAGAUUGAUCUCAGUAACAAUCUCUUGUCUGGUCCAAUACCUUCAGAAAUUGGAAAUCUAAAUAAGCUAAAUCUUUUGCUGUUGCAAGGCAACAAGUUCAAUUCUGCCAUUCCCAAGUCACUAUCUUCAUUGAAAUCUGUAAAUGUUCUUGAUCUCUCCAACAAUCGCUUGACAGGGAAAAUCCCAGAAAGCCUCUCUGAAUUGUUGCCAAACUCCAUCAACUUUACAAACAACCUGCUUUCUGGUCCAAUUCCUCUCUCACUGAUACAAGGAGGGUUGGCAGAAAGCUUUUCAGGCAACCCACAUCUCUGUGUUUCGGUCUAUGUUAAUUCCUCAGAUUCGAAUUUCCCCAUAUGUUCUCAAACCGACAACCGAAAGAAGCUAAAUUGUAUCUGGGUCAUUGGGGCUUCUUCAGUGAUUGUUAUUGUUGGAGUUGUCUUGUUUCUAAAGCGUUGGUUCAGCAAACAAAGAGCUGUGAUGGAACAUGAUGAGAACAUGUCUUCAUCAUUCUUCUCUUAUGCCGUAAAGAGCUUUCAUCGAAUCAAUUUUGAUCCUCGUGAGAUCAUUGAGGCCUUAAUCGAUAAGAACAUAGUCGGGCACGGAGGAUCUGGCACAGUGUACAAAAUUGAACUGAGGAAUGGGGAAGUUGUCGCUGUGAAGAAGCUGUGGAGUCAAAAAACAAAAGAUUCUGCUUCAGAGGAUCAGCUGUUUUUAGUCAAAGAAUUAAAAACCGAAGUCGAGACUCUAGGAAGCAUAAGGCACAAAAACAUUGUCAAGUUGUAUAGCUGCUUCUCAAGUUCGGAUUGCAGCUUGUUGGUAUAUGAGUACAUGCCCAAUGGAAACCUUUGGGAUGCCCUUCACAGAGGAAGGACCCUUUUGGAUUGGCCCAUUCGUCAUCGGAUUGCUCUAGGGAUUGCACAGGGUUUGGCCUAUCUUCAUCAUGAUCUGUUGCCCCCUAUAAUUCACAGAGAUAUCAAGUCAACCAACAUUCUCCUGGAUAUCAAUUACCAACCCAAAGUUGCAGACUUCGGCAUAGCCAAGGUCUUGCAAGCAAGAGGGAAAGAUUUCACUACUACUGUUAUUGCGGGGACUUAUGGUUACUUGGCCCCAGAAUAUGCAUAUUCAUCCAAGGCGACCACCAAGUGUGACGUGUACAGUUUUGGAGUAGUACUCAUGGAACUAAUAACUGGGAAGAAGCCAGUAGAGGCAGAGUUUGGGGAGAACAAGAAUAUCAUAUAUUGGGUUGCAACCAAAGUGGGUACGAUGGAAGGAGCUAUGGAGGUUCUAGACAAGCGCUUAUCAGGGUCCUUCAGAGACGAGAUGCUUCAGAUGCUUCGGAUUGGCCUCCGCUGCACGAGUAGCAGCCCGGCCCUUCGCCCAACUAUGAAUGAGGUUGCCCAGUUGUUGACUGAGGCGGACCCAUGCAGAGUCGAUUCUUGCAAGUUGUCAUGCAAGACCAAAGAGACGUCCAAUGUCACCAAGACAAAGAACCCAUUUGAAUUAUGAUUACAGGGGCUUCGUAAUGGUAGAGUUGAAGUGAAGUUGUAUAGUAUAGCUAGCAUCACUAGGAUAUAUACCGCUCCUUCUCAUACUAAUGAGAGGCUUUUCUUGGAGUAACCUUUUGCCUUUUGCCUUCUUUUAUCCUAUCUCCUUUCAAGGCUCGGAUUGAAAGUAGAAGCAGAAGGGAGGAAAAUGCUGAAAAUGACUCAAAAAAGCUAUUUUCAACACUAAAACUUCUGAGAAUUACUCAGGAAUAAACUUUUUCUCUCAAGUUAUUUUCACCAUUUUCCUUUCCUUUUCUUCAGCUUAGCAAAGUGUUCAUAUGUAUCUCUCCUAAUUACUAGUAUACAUCUUUUAUUUGCUCUCGUCAUGGUUUUAUAAUAAUAAUCACUACAACUGCUUGAGGGCAA